GUGUUGGCGUUGUCGGUUACUAUAGGCAUGCCAUUAAAAUUUUCCCCUACUUGUAUAAAAAGGCUGGUGGCAAUCUCAAAGACCCCACUAACGAACGGGAAACUUCAACGGUGAAGUGGUUUUUCAGUGCCUGCGCAAUCAUACGUUAAACUCACAUUUUCAAAUAUGCCCAUCGACUUGUACCACAUGGAGGCUAGCGCCCCUUGCCGCGCCGUCGUGAUGACAGCCAAAAUGAUAGGCGUCGAGUUGAACAUAAAAAUGACCAAUUUGAUGGCUGGCGACCACAUGAAACCCGAAUUUCUCGCCAUUAACCCGCAACACAACAUCCCCACUAUUGGUGACGAUGGCUUCUACUUGAAUGAGAGUAAAGCUAUUAGUGCCUACCUUAUCAACCGCUACGCGAAGGAUGAUACCCUCUAUCCAAAGGAUCCUAAAUUUCGUGCUUUGGUUGACCAGCGCCUUUACUUUGACAUGGGCGUCUUGUAUCGUCGUUUCGGAGAGCUUUACUAUCCAGUCAUGAUGGGCGGUGCUACCAAACUGAGCGAUGCGGCCAAAAAGGAACUCUCUGCGGCGAUUGAUUUCUUGGAAGGCUUCCUGGGUAGCAACAAAUAUGCGGCAGGUGAUCAUCUAACUAUUGCCGACAUUGCGUUAGUCUCUACCGUGUCCACCAUUGAGGCAGUUGACAAGACUCACCUUGAAAAUCGUCCAAAGAUUCUGGCUUGGAUAGAGACGUGCAAAUCUGAAAUUGUGGAUUACGAAGAAUGUAAUCAAAAAGGUGCUGAAAUGUUCGGUCAAUGGGCCAAUUCCUGCCUAUCCAAAUUGGAGUCAGCAUAAUCUCCGUCUUGACAUCAUUCAGCAUGUCAACGCCUUUUUGUCUGUUUAAAUUAACAAUUUCAUUUGAAAUUUUGAAUUCUUUAUGUACGGUAUAUGCUUUACCUGCAAUUGAUGAAACAUCACGUUAACAAUACAUCUUAUUAUGGGCUA